UUUUAAUUUUUAAAUAAAACGGUAAAGUGUCCAGUUAUGUUGUGUUGAUACAUCAACUGAAACGAUGAAUCAUGACACUGUCCCUUAUUUUAUUUGCCACAAGAGAUUAGAGUGGCUAUGCACAACACAGCCAGCGUCGUGGGUUAUAUAUGUAAGUUUUGUUCAUUUUUUAUAAAAAAUAUUAUUUUAACAUCUUGUUACUACAUCAAAAGUAUAUUCUGCCGUUCAUAUCUUUUUAUUGGAUUUGAGCUGCGACAUGGUAUUAACAGUUUAACACUAACAUAAACCAAGCAUUUUAAACGUCUUGAUUGUUGCCACCCUUGGUAAUAACUCCAUAUAAGAGCAUCUCCAAUGUAAAACUCUAUUUUUUCCUCUAAAAUGGAAUAAAAAUAAAAAUGAAGUAAAAUUGUUCUAACCUUAUUCCAUAAUUGAGUGAUGAACAAACAAAAAAUAAAUUAUUCUAUUUAUAGAGUAAAUUUCAUUAUGAAGUGAAAUAUGAAGUUAAUUUAAAGCAUUCUUUACUCUAUAUUUACGUUUACUCCAUUUAGAAGAAAUAAUGGAGUGGAGAUAGAGAUGACCUAAAGUAAACAAAAACGUAGAAUAUAUAUUUGGGGGUGUUUUCUUUUGUUAGUAUUUUUGGGGUUUUAUGAAAUAAAUUCAGCACUAUGGUUAAAGAGAGAGAUAGAAUGAUGGCAUUCACAAAAUUAUAGUAUUAAUUAAUCUUUGUUACAAAAAUACUAAUUAAAUCUAAUCGUCACUACCUUUGUCCCCAAGUUGCUUACCCCUAUAAUAUAAAUACGUCUCAUUACCUUCCCCAUUGUUUCAUAUUCAGCUUUCCUUUAUCCUACUUUAAGUGAGCAAGUUAACAAGAAAAAAAAAGAGUUGAGAGAAACUUAUCUCUGUUGAUAAAAAAAAAAAACUUAUCUCUAGUUACAAAGAAGGGAUAUAAGCAAAAGAAAGUGUUAAACAAAAAAAUGAGACCGUUGAGCGUUCGAUCGAUGUUGCAAGAAGUGGCGAUGCACAGUACGUCAGCAUCACCUUCAUCUUCGGUGAUUCACCGAGCGGUGCCGCAAUCACCGUGGCACUCGCCAAUUCCUUACCUCUUCGGCGGUUUAGCGGCGAUGCUUGGACUCAUCGCCUUUGCUCUUCUCAUCCUCGCCUGUUCUUACUGGCGUCUAUCUCCUUCCGGAGAAGAAGAUGGUCGGAACGGUGGAGCAGAGGACGAAGAGAAAGAGAGCCGGUCUGGGGACAAAGCGGAGAACGGAGCGUACGAGGAGAAGUUUCUGGUCAUAAUGGCGGGAGAAAACAUGCCGAGGUUUAUCGCGACGCCGGCGAUGAAGAAGUGUACGUGUGGGGCUCAUGAGGGUAAAAUGGUAGUUUCUCAGGAGGAUAAUGUUGUUGCCGGAGAGGAGAAGAAGUUGGGAGAAAAUGAAGAGAAAGUGAAAGAUACUGGAGAACCAACAACAAGCCACUAAGUUUUUUUUUUUUUUUUUUUUUCUUACUUUCCUUUCCUUAAUUAAUGUUUUUUUUUUCUUUUUUGAGAGCUCUCUGGGAAAUUUUCCUUCAUAUGUUUACUAGGAACGUAAACUCUACUAGAGAGCAAAAUUUUGAGUUUUACUUGGUUUGUAAUGUUUUAUCUUUUGCUAUGCUAAAUACUUUAUUCCAGGUUUUGUAGCUUUUGAGGAAAUAUUUGAUUACUCUGGCUCUGCACAUACCAAACGAUUGUAAAUGCGGUUUCAUACGUGUACAUCCAUAUAUUCAGGACUCGAUCGUUUCAACAAAUUCCUUAGUGUCAUUUGGGUUAAUAUAUACUUCUAGAAAAAUAAAAAUAAAAACUUAAAUUUCAACAUAGUUUUAUAUAAUGAUUUUUUGGGCAAAGUGUAAACGUGAAAACAAACGCAGACAAAUAAUAUAAACCCUAGAAGCUUUCAGAAAUGUUUUUUUUUUAUCUGGUUACCCUUUGGAAAAAUGUUUUCUUUUUUAAAUCUGGUUGAUCUAGGUUUCUAGGUUAGGGUCAUGUAACUCUUUCUACACGUUUCCUUCUUUGCUUGUAUUGGCAAAUGACAUUCUAGUAAGCUGUAGUUUUUUUUAAUUUCAUCAAAACCUAAUAUGUAAGUAUUUUUAUAUAUUUAAAAUAUUUUAAAGUGAAAAUGCCGGCUAAUUAACAAGCAAUAUUUUAAAAUAUGAUAUUCCCCGCUUUCUCCAAAAUAAAUAAUAUUCCCCA